CGUUCCCGAACCAAACACACCCUUGGUGGCUUCGUGCUACCGAAUCGAACCCGAGGAGACCCCCGUCCCCCGUCCCGUCCCGUCCCAAGCGCCGGUAAACUGCGUCACGCCCCCAAUCUCCAUUCGCCACAAACCCUAACCGCCCCCCUGUGUCGCGCCGCCGGCCGCCCCGUCCCGCCCCGCCGCCCCCCCUCGCCCUUCCAGGGCUCCGGCGAAGGCUGUAAUCUGCGGGGAGCGGCGGCGAUGGCAUCCACAGCGAAGGUCACCAUCACCCUCGGCCGCAGCGGUCAGGUUGUCAAAAGGCGAACUAUUUCUGAUAUGGGUAAUGAUGAUGAAGUGCCAGUAUCAGGUAGAAAGCGACCUGUCCGAGAGAGGUUAGGAAAUAAUGUGGCUGAUUCUGAUUUGUAUGGAAGUCAGCAGAGUAACAAAAGACGGCAAACAGAAAGCAGUAGCUCCCAGCUUGGAGAUGAUGGUUUGGCUCGCCAGAUUGGCAGGGAUGAUUUAAGGCUGAAGCUUAUGAGGAAAGGCUUGACACAGAAGAGCAACAGUGAGGCAGAACAGAAUGGAGUGGAUCUCCGUGAAAAGCUUUCCAGGAAGUCAAAAAAACUCCAGGGAUAUGAGGCAAGAAGGGGUGAUCCAGAAUCAAGGUCUAGUUAUGAUGAGGGAGAAAUCCCAGAAUCAGGAUCUGGAUAUGGUUCGAGGGGGAGGGUCCCAGAGUCAAGAGCCUCUACUCUUGUAAGCCAAGUGCCUUCUUCUAGGAGUGCAGAUGGGUUGUUCAAGUUGGAGUCUUCAGGAAAACCUUAUCCCUCGUGGACCGCUGAUUGUUUGAGGUAUACGUCCCCAGACAAGCUUCCAAGUGUUCGAAGGGACAUGACUCCCCCAAGAAGUGUUCGAAGAGGCAUGUCUCCCCCGAGGGCCAUUCGGAGAGGCAUGUCUCCCCCGAUAAGUGGUCGAAGAGGCAUGUCUCCCCCGAGAAGUGCUCGAAGAGGCAUGUCUCCUCCAAGAAAUGUUCGAGGAGGCAUGUCUCCUCCAAGAACAAGAAGUGUUCAAAGAGGCAUGUCUCCUCCAAGAAGUGUCCGAAGAGGCAUGUCUCCGCCAAGAACAUAUGAUCAUAUCACAAGAUCUUCUAGUCAUAUCACAAGAGAUGCUGCUGACACAUUAAGAACCCAUCAACCUUACGAAGACAGCUCUACCAUGGGGAUCGAUAGAGGACAACAAACUAAUGGAAUCACACCAUCUGGACGCCGGCCUACAUCCCCUGUGCUGAAAGAAAUACCGUCGACAGUUACUGGAUUACUGAAUUCAAUGGGACUUGAGAAGUAUGUUGUUCUCUUUCAAGCUGAGGAGGUUGAUAUGGCUGCAUUGAGUCAGAUGAAAGAUAGCGACCUCAAAGAUAUGGGAGUACCUAUGGGCCCCAGGAAGAAGAUACUCCUUGCGGUGGCGCCUUACGGAAAACAACGGCACAGAUGAGCAGCAUGUGCCCUGGGACGUUGGAACAUUUGCUGGGAAAUGCAUUUUUAUCGGUGUAAGCAAUGCUCUGCUGCGGAUCUUGUAUAUCCUCACUGGUAGUCUGGCUUAGUUAACCUUUUUUGUCGCUGAUAGAUGAAUGUCGCCCUGUUCCUGGCUUGUGUAAAGUUGUGUCUGUCCGCUGAUGCUCCCAAAUCCUGCCAUUCCUGCUGUAUUUGUUAAGAGCAGCAGUUUGAAACAGAGUGGAUACAACAUGGUCUAGCGCCAUCUUCGAUCUGGACUUUGUGUAUUUUGGGAGCAUAGUGAGAGUCGCAACAAAUCCAGUCGUUUAUGUAUGCCAAAUGGCCAACGAAUUCCAUCAGUCUCAUCCCAAGGGUUGGGGAUUUUAA